UCCCUCUGAACUGAUAAAAUCAUCAAAUUAAGAAUUCAAUACUAUUUAUACUCUUCUUCUUUUUUCUCCAAACUCACCAAAAAAAAAAAAAAUUGUUGAUCAUAUUUUUAACUUAUUUUUUCUUAUCUGAAUAUCAAAAUGGAUUUAAGAGAAAUUGGAGCUACACUUCCUCCUGGAUUUAAAUUUUGUCCCAGUGAUGAAGAAUUAAUUUGUCAUUAUCUCUACAAUAAAAUUGCUAAUGAAAAGGGAUUAGUUCUUAAUGGUAGUUUAGUGGAAAUUGAUCUUCACACUUGUGAGCCAUGGCAACUUCCUGAGGUGGCAAAGCUCAACUCUAGUGAAUGGUACUUCUUCAGCUUUCGAGAUCGAAAGUACGCUACGGGUUUUCGGGCGAACCGGGCCACAAUUUCGGGUUAUUGGAAAGCUACGGGUAAGGAUCGAACAGUGCUCGAUCCUCGAACCCGUAAUAUAGUAGGGAUGAGAAAAACUUUGGUGUUUUACAAAAAUAGAGCUCCUAAUGGCAUUAAAACUGACUGGAUCAUGCAUGAAUUUCGAAUCCAAAAUCCUCAAGUACCUCUUAAGGAAGAUUGGGUAUUAUGUAGAGUCUUUCACAAAGACAAAGGACAUGAGAACAACAACAAUAAUUGUACAAACAAACUCAACUCACAAAACAAAUAUGAGGCAAUUGUCACUUGUUCAAAUUUGUCUCAAUCUCCUCUUCAUGUGAACCAACAUUCAUUGCAUCGUGACAUUAGUUACCAAAAUCCACCCCAUGAUGAAAUUAGCCAAAACUCAAAUGCAAUCCAUCAUCAAUUGUUUGAGUUGUUAGUAAAGGACCACCAUGAAAAUACUUGCUUGUCCCAAUGUGGUCAGGGUGAUGAUCAGUGUGGAUUGUUGUUCGAUAUGCAGAUGGAUUUUCAAGAACCAUAUUUUCAAGAGGAAGAAAUUCAUUCUAGCCUUGAAGACAUGAGAUUUGAUGAUGAAAAUAGCGCGAUUUUUAUUUGAGUACUUGAUGAUGUGAUUGGUAGCAAUGAUUAAUUAGUUAUUAUAUGUGUUGAAUUUGUGAAGAUUCUUUCUAGUGUUUGUUUAUGAAUUUGAGAAUCAUACAAGUUUGAUUGAA